AUGACCAUGGUCAACAGACCAGGAAUCCGCCUCAGCCAGGCUGCCAAUGCGACUGCCCACCCCUACUUGAGAGAACGCGAGCAAAGCCGAAGUGCUUCUUCGACCCAGCGCUCAACCAGUCGUCCAGGUCCAGGCUCGCCUCCAGUCCCCCCUGCUCAGUUUGAAAACACCACCCUAGUCGAAUGUGCCCUCCACAAGCUCCAAUGGCAACGGCUCGAGGAGGCACAACUACCUGUCUUCAUCUCUCCUAUGGCCAAGGAUAACCUGCAGGCCCUUGACGAGGACGUCUUCCCCCUCUGGGAGAAGGUCCAAGAGUUCUUGGCGAGCGAGCGGCAGGUCAUGUUGAUUCUUGGUGACUCAGGUGCGGGAAAGUCGACUUUCAACCAAUAUUUGGAGCGCCAACUCUGGACCGUCUACCAGAACAGCGACCCCAUCCCGCUCUUCAUUAACCUCCCUGCCAUCGAACGUCCCGCCAAAGAUCUGAUUGCGGAGCACCUCAGGACCAACAACUUUUCUGUGGAACAGAUCCAGGAGAUGAAACAAUAUCGCCAAUUUGUCCUCAUUUGCGACGGGUACGACGAGAGCCAGCUCGCCGUCAACAUCCACACCACCAACCUCUUCAACCGGCCUGGUCAGUGGAACGUCAAGAUGGUGAUCUCCUGCAGGACCCAAUUCCUAGGUCAAGACUACCGUAGCCGGUUCAUGCCUGAAGGGUCUAGUCACUACACCCGCCAAGCUACCGACCUCUUCCAGCAGGCUGUGAUCGCGCCUUUCUCCAAGAAGCAGAUCAAGAAUUAUGUCGACAAGUACGUCCCCCUCGAACCGCGGACCUGGACCACCAAGGAUUACAUGGACAGGUUGACCACCAUCCCCAACCUCAUGGAUCUGGUCAAGAACCCCUUCCUUCUCUCACUAUCGCUGGAGGCACUGCCAGGAGUUACCGAGGGCAAGCAGGAUCUAUCGGCCAUCAAGAUCACGCGUGUUCAGCUUUACGACACGUUCAUCAGGCAUUGGCUGGCUGUCAAUAGCCGCCGGCUUCAACGGAGCGUUUUGUCCAAGGAGGAUCGGGACGUGCUGGACCAACUAUUAGAGGCAGGAUUUAUUUCGAUGGGUGUUGACUACUCCACCAGGCUGGCGUCGGCGAUCUCUGAGCACCAAGACGGAAACCCAGUGGUGCAGUACGUUCACAUCAAGGACAAGGAGUCAUGGAGAGCCGAGUUCUUUGGUCCUGAUCCUGAGACCCGACUUAUGCGGGAAUCAUCGCCACUUAACCGUACAGGUAGCCAGUUUCGAUUCCUUCACCGAUCAAUGCUCGAGUAUUUUUUUUCACUUGCUGUCUUUGAUCCCAGCAGCCACAGUGACCACGACGAAUUUGCUCCGCAGUCCGAUAUUGGUUCCACUGACGUUGCAUUGCUCGACGCCGAAGGUCCCUUGUUUAAGCGCAGCCUCCUCACCGAACCUUCGGUCAUCCAGUUCCUGUGCGAGCGAGUCAAGCAGCACCCCGAUUUCGAGAGGCAGCUCCUAGCCGUCAUCGAGCAGUCAAAGUCUGACGCCAGUACUGCUACCGCAGCCGCCAACUCCAUCACCAUCCUCGUCCAAGCUGGAAGUCGAUUCAACAAUGCCGACUUCCGUGGCAUCCGCAUCGCAGGAGCUGAUCUUUCCGACGGCCAGUUCGAUUCCGCCCAGUUUCAAGGAGCCGAUCUGAGAGGGGUCAACUUUACAAGGAGUUGGCUGAGGCACGUGGAUUUUGGAGAUGCACAGAUGGACGGUGUUCGGUUUGGAGAGCUGCCAUAUUUGAAGGAGCACUCCCCAGUUAAUGCCGUCACGUUUUCGCCCAAUGGGAAGAUGUUUGCUGUCUGUCUAGAUGACGGAAGUCUCAUUAUCUACGACACUACAGCAUGGACUCGAGCUUAUCAACACAAAGAAAAGAGUGUGGUGUGGAGUAUCGCCUUUUCACCCAACAACCAACACCUUGCGCUUGGGAGCAUGAACGGAAUCUGUCGAUUAUGGGAUACUGUCAGUGGCGAGACUUUGUUGGUCAUGGAGGGGCAUGCAGGGUGGGUGAGGUCAGUGGCAUUUUCACCUUGCGGCGAGCAGAUCGCAUCAGCCAGCGACGACGGAACGAUUCGGCUGUGGAGCUCGGAGACAGGAGAGUGCUUGUUUGUCCUAAGUAACCAUCGAGGCAUCGUUUUGAGUGUCGUGUAUUCAGCUGACGGAAGGAGACUUGUAUCGGGCAGAGACGAUGGGACGAUUCGAGUGUGGGAUCCAGAGACAGGAACACCAGAGGCUGAUUUGAUCAUUCCCUAUUUUCCUGGUGCUUCGCGCGUGACUGUUUCUGCAGAUGGAAGGGUGUCCGCCCUCACAACUCAUACGUGGAGCAAGAUUCGCUUGGUGGAUGCAAUCACCGGAGAACAGGGUCUGAUUCUCAAGAACGAUAUCAAGUGGCUACAAGGUGUUGCAUUUUCUCCAAUUAGCGAGUUGAUUGUUUCGUCAAGCGAUGAUAAGACCGUUCAACUGUUGGACUCAUCGAGUGGAAAACUCAUUUCCAUGUUUUCGGGUCAUCGCCACCGGAUCACCACCUGUACCAUUUCCCCAGACGGCCUACAAAUUGCUUCAGGAGAUCGGAGCGGGAUUGUACGAAUCUGGGAGGUGAACACCAACUGGUCGAGUUCCAUCAUACAGGUAGUUGCCGCGAAAGUUCGAGCUGUGGUGUACUCUCAUGACGGUCUGUCUAUAAUCUCUAGCCGGACCGACGACACCAUUCGACGCUGGGACUCUUCCACAGGAGCCUCCGGACGCAUUCCGCCAUCGUUCACAUUCGAUGUCACCUCUGUCGCGAUUUCACCGAAUGGCCAUUGGUUUGCGAUCGGUUGCAAGAACGGGAACAUUUGGCUGUUGAGCGUCCAAACCGAUGUUCUUCAGCGCGUUCUCCGCGGACCUUCCAGCUACAAAGUUAUUGAUAUGAGUUUCUCCCGCUGUGGUCGGUGGUUGGUCUCAUGCAACAGCAUGAGGUCUACACUAUUGUGGGAUCUUGAUAAUAUCGAUGAUCAAGGCAAAGUGGUGAGUGAAAUGGCCGAUCAGUACAGCAGUGGAGUAUCCGUGGUGUUCUCCCCCGUCGGAGAUCACUUUGCCGUUGGAUCGCUAUCGAGGUUACCGAAACUUCUUCUUUUCGAUCCCCGAGCUACAGACCUUCGUCAACCUCUGAAGGAAAUGUAUCUAUCAGGCAUGCUACUCCCAAUGGACUACUCACCAGAUGGCCAGCGACUCGUACUCGGUACUGAAGCCUCCUCGAUCAUGCUCUGGGACCUUCAGUCGUACAGGCCUCAUUUCAAACUAGAAGGUCACACUGGCGCGGUGCUCAGCGUCGCCUACUCUCCUUGUGGCAAGUGGAUCCUCUCUAGCAGUCAGGACAAGACGGUGCGUCUAUGGUCAGGCGAGGUUGACAGUUGGUCCUGUGUUGCUGUUGUCAGUGGAUGUUCAGAGGCCGUGAAAAGCGUUGCAUGGAAUCCGGUGGUGCCGAUGGAGUUUGUCACUGGUUCCGAUGAUGGGUCUGUUCGAGUGUGGCGUAUUUCGGGUGCCGAGACAGGAGACGUGUCGAUUCGUAUGCGCUGGAGCUCUUACAUUGGACAGCUAUACGUUGUUGGUCUGACAUUCAAGGGAGCCGUUGGUCUCAGCUCGCUCUCCAAGAAGUUGUUGGUCCAGCGUGGCGCUAUUGAUGGAUCGAACUCUGAAGAAGGAGGCGAUGUAUCCCUAGAGGGAUGGAGUGGGCCAGGAAUGGAUCUUGGCUCCUAUGACUAA